AUGAACAUCAUUCUAGAGGUGGAGUUAUUUGACGUCUGGGGAAUAGAUUUCAUGGGACCAUUUUCGUCGUCAAAUGGUCUUAAAUACAUUCUAUUGGCUAUCGACUAUGUAUCCAAAUGGAUUGAACCUGGUUCAUGCAUUGUAAACGAUGCGACUGCUUAUAAGACACCCAUAGGCAUGUCACCAUAUGCAUUGCUGUUUGAAAAUGCCUGUCAUCUACCGUUGGAACUAGAAUAUAAGGCGACAUGGGCAGUUAAGAAACUCAACUUUGAUCAUAAGGCUGUAAGAGAAGAGAGAAAACUUCAACUACUAGAGCUGGACGAGUGGAGAUUACAAGCGUAUGAGAAUUCCAAAAUGUACAAAGAAUGCAUGAAGCGAUGGCAUGAUAUGCGCCUUUGUGAGAAAAACCUCAAGGCAGGUCAAAGGGUAUUGUUGUUCAACUCUAGGCUGCGUCACUUUCUUGGAAAAUUGAAGUUGCGUUGGUCUGGGCCUUUCUUAAUCAUGGAAGUAUUCCCGCAUAGAGCGGUGGAAUUGGCAAAUGAAGAUGGGACCAACACAUUUAAAGUGAAUGGAUAG